AUGAUUUCUUCUGUUUUGUCCCUUCAGGGCGUGGUCGAUGAUGCUUUCAACCAAUCUCCCCUUUACCAACCUCCAGUCCCGUUCCAUCAUCCAUUCACAUGUGCUCGUCAGGUAUUUGUGCGUAAGCGAACGCAACAGCCGCGGUUGGAAUUUGAACUUACAUCGCCGAUAAUAAUUACGCUACGUUCUCACCCUAUCUAUCUAUCUAUCUAUCUAUCUAUCUAUCUAUCUAUCUAUCUAUCUAUCUAUCUAUCUCAUCAUUAUCUAUCUAUCUAUCUAUCUAUCAUCUAUCUAUCUAUCUCAUCUGUUCAUCAUCUCUCUCUCUCUCAGGCUAUUCAUAUCUCUCUCUAUAUAUAUAUAUCUAUCAUUCUAUCUCAGUCUGUUCAUCUAUCUAUCUAUCUAUCUAUCUAUCUAUCUAUCUAUCUAUCUAUCUCAUCUGUUCAUAUCUAUCUAUCUAUCUAUCUAUCUAUCUAUCUAUCUAUCUAUCUAUCUAUCUAA